UCCCUCUCUCCCGCCGUCCCUCUCUCCCGCCGUCCCUCUCUCCCGCUCCCUCUCCCCUCGCCCCGCUGUCGCGCGCUCCCGGUGACGCGCGCCGUGCCCGCGCCUGCGCGUAGCGCAGCGGCGUCAUGGCGGUGCCGGGCGGAGGUGCGAAGGACGACACAUUCAACGUGCUGGACCUGGCGGAGUACACCAAGAACCGGCCCUGGUGGCGCAAGAUGUUCGCCCCAAGCUCGGGGUCGAGCGCUGAGAAGUACAAUGUGGCCACGCAGCUGGUGAUCGGAGGGGUCACGGGAUGGUGUACUGGAUUCAUCUUCCAGAAAGUUGGAAAGCUGGCAGCGACAGCAGUGGGAGGAGGCUUUUUCCUACUUCAGAUUGCAAACCACACGGGAUAUAUCAAGGUGGACUGGAACCUAAUACAACGGGACAUGAACAAAGCCAAGCAGCAGCUGAAAUUUCACACCAGUGGUAAUAAUAUGCCUCCAGAAGUGAAAAGCCGAGUGGAUGAGGUGGUCAUAUUUCUGAAGAAGAAUGCUAUCCUGACUGGAGGGUUUGCCGGAGGAUUCAUGCUUGGAAUGGCAUCCUAGAAGCUGCACUCUCCUCUUGUGCCCAACCUCCCCUCCCCUCCUCUACUGCUGUUAUCUCUCACUUAGAAGUCAAAGGAUGUUGCCAACAGACUCAGUCCCAUCUGCUCACAGGUUCCAGCCCUUAUUUCUUACAACGCUGCUUCUGAUUUCCACCUUUUUCUUCUGUCUGGGCUCUUGGUGUGCUGGGGUUGGUCUGGAAGCUUACAACUCCCAGUGUAUCAUGAUUUCCCACCAAAUACGCCCAGACUCAAAUUUUCCGAUGAGUUUCGACUUCAUAAAAAUGUAGUGGCAGAGAAACCUCUUAAAUGUGCUUCUUCCAGGUGCUCAGGACUGUUACAUGUACCUUUGUCUGCCAGUAUAUGUGUCAAACUCUUCACCACUCUGUAUGUGUCAGCUCUUCACCACGAUUUAGCUUUCAGUAUUCCUGUCCUGGUACCUGGAACACCUCUGCUUCCCUCUGCACAGAGUUGAUCUGUGCAGUCCAGAAUGUGGUUGACUAUCCUGGGGUGGAUGCAGAAGUCUCAAAGAACAGCCUGAGCUGUAUCCAGGACAGGGGAGUAGGGAUUUUCCUGCCCUCCCCCUGCUGUUUCACUGCACAUAGAUGGCCAUUUGGCUUUGUCUCUGCUGGUAUCCUCCCCCACACUGGAAUUGCAGCACUGGCACUGCUGAUGGGAACUGAGCACUGAGGCUGACUCUCCAGGCCCUUUCCUCAUCAUGUGUUCUGAAAGUCACCAAGUUCUGUUCUGUAGAACCACCUGAUUGCUCAGCCUUUGAGGCUCUCUCCUGCUUCCAGCAGGCCCAGCCUGCUGUGUCAGAUGGGGGCAUUUCAGCUGUGCCACCUACUGUAAAUCACUCUGGGCCUCUGACUGGGGUUUCCAUGUCUGCCACAGCCUUCUCUGGUCACUUUGGCAUUGAUGAUGCUCCUUGAGCUGUAACCAUGUGGGACAGGAUUGUAGACAGGAAAUGCAUCCCUGCUUAGAGUACACUCUACUGGUCCAGGUCCCUUUUGCCAGCUGUACUGGAGAAAGGGGGAUGGUGUGAAAUCUGGAGUGCAGUCCUUUACUUGCCUCUGAAGAGCACAAAUUCCUUCUACCUGGUCUCUGCAAGCAACUGAAAUGACAAAACUUUAGUGAAAACCACACCAUGCUCUUGUGAGAACAGUUCAUUUGCAUAUUUCUGCCUCAGUUAUGUUCCUUCUUUGUGUUUGCCAUUUCCACAAGAAAAGCUGUUUGCUUAAUUCCAUCAGCUGCAGCCCUUCUCCUGCAGGAGAUGAGGCAACCCAGGUGUGGAGCUCAGCUGUUUUUGGACAGUCUGACUCAGUGCACUUGUGUGCACUACAAGCAAACAUCCCCCAGGGUAUUCUGCAGGCACAGAGACUCGUCUGACAACGUGGUGAUGUCCUCCAGCAGGUAUAGGUUGGAGUUCUUGCCCAGAAUGUGGGAUUUUAUGUGCAAGUCAGCUCAUGCUUCAAUGGGAAACAUGGUAGGGAGCAAUGACACUCAUGGCUGGGUGGCUUGCAGCACCUGGCUCAGCAGCUGCACCCCAUUUCCAGUGCUGUGCAAAGGCUUUGUGAUCUGCUGCUCUCAGUAUGGCUGGAAAAGGGAUCUUCCCCUGAGAGCUGCUGGCAGAGCUGAAAUGGUGGGUUCUUCCACCACAGGGUUUGGAAUGAGCACUUGCAGUUGGUAAUUUUAUUUCAGCUCUGCUGAUUAAAGUGUCCAUAUAGCACCACAUUGAUUAAGCUGAGGUUUUCCUCACCUUCAGGAUCUGAAAAGAGGCUGCAGGUAAUCAGGAGAUAGAAGUUGCUGUCUUUGCUCCUGUCCUGCCAUACAUGGCCAAGGAGAAUGAAGGAGCAGCUGGGCUCACAUCCUUUAACAAUGGCCUUCCUAAAGGCCAUCCUGGACUGCAGGAGUGAUGGGAUGCAGCAAAUAGGUCUUCAAUAAAUUGAAAUGUUUAGCAGUGGAGUUACAGGUGGUGGGGUUUUUGGGGAUUUGGUUUGUUUUUCUGUAGGAUCUGCAGAUGGGAGCAUGCAUAAAUAGAUACACUGUUCUUGGAGGGUAUCUCUGGUUCCUGUAGAACAACAGCAUUGCUGCUCUUUGGCUGGGUGGGCUGCAGAACACAACUCCUUCUGAGAUGCACUGAUCUCCAAAAAGCUGUCUCCAAUGACAAAGCUCAAAGCAAAUCAUUAACCGACCUUGAAGAUAUUUUUCAGGCUCAAGUAAGUCACUACUUCUGCCCAGCCCUAGGUGGGGCGAGCUCUGCUUAUGUCCCAGUUUGAUGCUACAAAGAGAAAUGGCCCAGAGAGGGAGCUAAAAUGCUGCUGAAAAGGGAAACAACAGAUUUAUGCUGAGUUUGAUGUGAAUGUAGGCAGGGAAUGGACAAGGACAUCAGGAUGUGGCAAAUCUUUCUGCUGUGCUGAUGUUGAGCUCGUGGCUGGCACUGUUUGAUGCUGUGGGGCAACACUGGAAGCUUUGAUGCUGGAUCAGUCUCUGUGGGGAUGCAUUUUCAUUGCUGCAGGUGCCAAGAUGAGGUGUCCCUUCCCCUCCCCACUCCUGCUCCUUUUAGUGUUGUUUCAACAACUUCUGACAUCUGUUACACUCUGAGAAGAUUUCAAACACAUUAAGCUUUUAAAGUGGUUUUAUAUUGUAUGUAAAUGCUUGUUGAAGUGAUAUUUUAUUAAACAGUUUUGCUCUAAA